GACUAAAGUUAAGAGGUCAGGAUUCUGAGGUCUCAUUAGCUUCUCUUUAAAGGUGAAGCAAGAUCAGCGACGACGAAAAUUAUCUUUAACCUUCAGAACUUUACAUAAGACAUAGGAAAUGCCGAUCAAGUAUAGACAGGUCCAGGCAUUUGACCUGCUGGAUGUACAGACACCUCAGACUCUGGAGCAAAAGAAGAAUCAUGAAAAAACCUUGGACAAAGAAUUAGAUUCUGAUGAAAUAAUCAUUGAUAAUGUCACUCCAAAAAGUCUAUCUAAGUGUAGUACAAACAGCUUAGAGAAGGCCUUGGAGGUCAGCCACAAAUUGAAAGUUCUAUCAAAGGGAGAACAAAAUGAGAGUGAUAUUGUCUCAAUGGCUUCUUCAGUAGAAGAUUUUGCUGUUUGCCUUUUGGAUCCUAUCAAGAGUAGAAAUGAUUUAAAUGUAUUCCAGCAAGGAGUUGAUAUCGUUGUUGAUAAAGCAAUAUCUUGUCAUAGGAAAAAGUUUCUUUCUCAUCCAGUGGUGCUCAGUCUUCUCGAGAAAGAAUGGAAAGGAGCUUUUCAUGGUAUCAGCUGGUGGCAACAGCUGCUGCUAUAUGYCAUGGUUAUGCUUGACRUGUUUAUUUUCCCAMUGGUCUUUGUACCAUUGUUGUUGUGUCGCUUGGUGUUAAAAAAAGGCGGGAACCAAGGUCAAGCCCCUGAAAACAAAUGCAAGUCAUUGUAUGACAAGUACAUUCUUACUCCAUAUAUGAUCUUUCUGCGGGACAUCUUCAGCUAUAUGAUAUUGGUCAUCCUUCACUUUGUUGUGUGCUUGCAAGAAACUGUUCUAGAAUUCAACGUUGUAGAGUGGAUCAUAAUGGUGUUCUUUCUUGGGCGUAUUGCAAUGGAGAUUAAUCAAAUCGUGGAAGAGAAAACUAUUUGGGUAUACGUUAGCAAUCCUUGGAACCUACUUGACAUUCUUAUGAUAUCCAUCUACGUAGUUCUGUUCUUUGUGAGAGUUAUCACGUGGGGACUCCAGACCUCUACCUAUGAAAGCCGUCUAAUUGCAGUAGGGGGGUAUCUGUAUGGUAUCAAUGCGAUGUUCCUCACCCUUAGAGUUUGUGGUCAGAUAYUGGAGUACAACAGAUCUAUUGGGACCAUCCAAAUCGCUCUUAUAAAAAUAACUGGCGCAAUAAUGGUGAUAGCUUGUCAGCUUCUGGCAGCCUUGUUGGCAUUCUCGUUUGCUAUUACCAAGGUUUACUUGGYAGAGAUGACUUACAGUGGUGUGAACAAUGCAACAUCACAUGGGCUAUGCACCAUGUCUGAUAAUAGUUUGUCAUGUUGGUGGCUAAACUUCGAGUAUCUUGCCUGGUCAUUAUUGGGAUCCGGAGGGCCUGAUGCGAUGRCGUCCAAGGACGGUACCUCUGAUGUCAUCGCUAAAAUUCUGUACAUGUUAUUCUUGCUGAACGCCGUGUUGCUGAUUAUGAACAUGCUAAUAGCCGUUCUUACCAAUACUUAUCAAAAAGUUGAGGACCAUGCCUUCCACGAAUGGUCGUAUAGAAAAGCACGUACAAUAAGAACAUAUGGUCAAUACCAUCCAGUACCAGUGCCUUUUAAUAUCAUUUCAUUGAUUUGUCUCCUCUUUAACUGCUGUUGCUGUAAAUCGGRCUGUGAUAUUCUAAGGGCUGUGAAAAAAGAAGAUAAACUUUCAGAUGAAUUUCUGCGUCUCCUUCGUCGUCUCGAAUCAUACUAUUUUGCAGAAUAUGGAUAUUCCUUUCCAUUAACUGAUGGUAACAAGCUGGAUCUUGUAUUGAAGGAAACGGAGGGUAACCGCCAUCUUUCUGGACAUAUCGCUGAGAAUGUUUUCAGACAAGAUGUUAAACGCCUCAAYGAUCAGCAUUGGGACUUUGCUCAAGAUUUUUGCGUUGAUGGACAACAGUUAUUUAUCUCUWCACCAAGUCCUCAAAAUCAGUCUCAACUACUAAGGCUUGGUGCAAGGUAUUGCCAUCCUCUUUCCAAAGAGAGACCAGGAUUUGAGGUUCUUAUCAAAGAGAGCGGUCAAAAGCGGUACAUAGCAAUAGGAGUGGCCGACAAACAGUACGAUCUAAACAGCUUUCCCGGAUGGACAGGGAAUUCCGCAGCGUUCCAUGUGGAUGACGGGAAGAUAUUUGACACAAGUGAAGAUGAUAACAAAAGAAUAGGAAAAGAAACAGGAAAAAUGGCGCAUAGAGGAGAUGUGAUUGGUUGUGUUUUAAUGUAUGACAAAGUARCACAAGGUAAACUACCAGUAUGUUUUACCCUUAAUGGAACAACAGUGGGCGAAGGGCAUCUAAAUGCCAAUCAGAAUUUCCAUCCUUUCAUUGGAAUUGGCGACCCGGAGAUAAAAUUGAUCUUUAGGUCCCUAACGGUACAAAGGAAGCACAAAGGAGAAAAAGAGCUUGCCAAGCAAGGAAGUUUCCAAACACCUAUUAAUGGACGAAACACUAAACCGACUUCACAAGCAGGAACCAGCCCUGUUUUUUUGGAUAUAAGGAAGGACGCGAGCACAACCGGGCAAUUGUCGUCUUUGAAAAGAAACUUGCUGAAAACAACUAUGAUGCCCAUUUUUGAUCAACGGCCACAAAUGGAUGGAUUUAUAACAAUAACAAAGGAGAUUUGUAAUGAAAAAGAUUGUUGGUUUGCACGCCGAGACGACAAAGUGAUUGUACCACCGAUGGGUGUCAAUCAUGAGCAAACAAUGAGUAAUAAUUUAAGUCGCUUUUUGAGGUUCGAGUCUGCUUUAAAACAAACCACCUCGCCAACCGACCAGCGGCUCCUUCAAGGCGUGGACUUUACCGUCAAGAAGGUGGAAUCCAUGAAAUCGUAUGGAAAACAUGCAGCUGCGAAGCAUUCGCGAACAAAUGAAGGCCUUCUCAAAGGAAUAGAGAUAACUGUAGGUGAGCGUUCACAGUCAAGCUUUAAUUUCUUGUCCUGA